AGGGGAGGGGGCGUUGCAAUGUCACCCCUGUCUCCACCGCCAGCUCACAGACCGAACUGUGCGGCAUGUCCCUCUGUGACCUCAGACGCCUGGUUAGUUGGGAAAUGGACAGAACGCCGAACACAAUGAGCCAGGACUGGAGUAAACAUGACGAGAGGUUGCUGCAGGCCGUGGAGAACAAUGACUCUGAGAAAGUGGGCUCCCUCCUCACCAAGAGGAGUCUCUUUGCUGCCAAGCAGGACUCUGAUGGGAGAUCAGCAUAUCAUCUGGCAGCCAUGAAGGGGUACGUGGAUUGCCUGGAGGUUAUUCUAUCUCAUGGAGUGGAUGUCAGUGCAAUGGACAGCUCAGGAAUGAAUGCGUUACACCUGGCAGCGAGGUAUGGACACCACCAGUGUGUGAAGAGACUUCUCCAGGAAAGAUGCCCAGUAAAUACAAUGGACAGUUAUGGGAGGACUGCUCUACAUUAUGCAGCUGCAAGUGGGAGCCUGUGCUGUGUACAGACAAUCUGUGAUUUCAAGGGCUCUUUGAAUGUCUACGAUGAGGAUGGAUGUUCCCCACUCAUUCUGGCAGCACAGAUGAGUAACCACGAGAUCUGCAGGUGGCUGAUUGUAAGAGGAGCCGAUGUGAACACCAGGGACAAACAGGGCAGAACAGCUUUGAUGUUGGCGUGCGAGAACGACAGUGUGGAGACAGUGGAGGUUCUGGUGAGGAGCAGGGCUAACGUUGGCCUUGUCGAUGCUCUGGGGCAUGAUGCUGUGCAUUACAGCAUGGUCACCGGCAACACAGAGAUUCUUCAUCUCCUUCACAUGGGUCCCCACAGGCGCUACUGGAGUAAAACAGAGCUGGAGUUAGCUGGAAAACAGCAACAGAUGAUGGCAAAAGAGAAGAGCCUGACACCCCGAAAGAGGAGAGCUCCCCCACCACCCAGCUCCCUGUCCACCCAGAGUCCCUCACAAUCGUCUGAAAUCCUCUCCACCAGUGAAUCAACAAGCCCGUCCUACUCUUCAACAGAAACACUUACCCCAAAGGAGGAUCAGAAACUGAGCAACGAGAUCUUCCUUCUGCAGCAGGAGCGAGACCAUCUGCUCCACACCAUUAGUAACCUGGAGCAACUUGUAGAUAAAUGCCAGCGAGAGAAAGUGCUGAUGGCCAAAGACGGUGCCGUCAAGAAAUUGGAGCGACAGAUACAGGACCUUUUGACCAAACUAACUGAGAAGGAACAAGAAAAUCACGAGGUGGUGAAAGAGAUUGAAUUGCUGAGAGACCGCGUGGCUUCCUAUGAGGACAAGCAGCAUGGCCUGAAUGACGGUGAGGUGCUGGAUGAGGAAGAGGUGCUCUUCGAUUUCCCAGGGACUGAAAAUCUGAUUUUGAAGAAAUCUCUUCCUCACCCCCGGGAAGAAUUGGUUGGGUCGUUGCAGAAUCACGUGGACUCGCUCAUCGAGGAAAACAAGGAACUGCAAUGUAGACUCCAGGAGAUGGAAUGUUUGCAGAAAGAAUCGGACAAAGAGGACAUUUCAGGAGGAGAGGAUUUUAUCCCAAUUCUUCUUUACGACUCCUUGCGAGCCGAGUUUGAGAAACUGAAGGAAGAAUGUGAACUGCUCAGGGAUCAAGCCACGGUCCAUGAGGAAGGGAUGUCCUCUGAAACGCUAGUACCAUUGGAAACAUAUGAACAACUGAAGGCUAGCCAUGAACAAGAGGUUCUCAAGCUGCAGGAAGCUCUCAAUGAGCUCAAGGCCAAGAUGGACUUGGAAGUUGAAGGUUGCAUCCAACCACAUUUAGAGUCAGAAUUGGCCAGUGUGGAAAAAAAUACAGAGCAAGACAUCCAGGACAUGACUGAAAAACUCAAUGAGGUUCAAGAGAGGUAUGAGACAGCGAUGAAGGAGGUAGAGCGUCUCAAGGAGCAGAUUCAUCUGGGAAUUCUUUCAAUGGAAGAUCGGGAGAUCUCACCAGGGUUAGAUGGUUCCAAGGCAACUUAUGAACACGAGACGGAGAGUGUCGAGAUGAAACUUUUGGAAACACGUGAGGCUGAGGAACUAAAGGAAAACUGGUUGAAAGAACUGGAGGAACAAGUAAAAGAAAUGGAGGAGAAAUUGACUCAUAGUAUCUCUCUGGAAACAUUCGAGGAACUGAGGACGUCACUCAACAUUUCGCUGGAAGAGAUUUCCAAAGAGAACGCCUUGCUAAUGGAAAAAUACACCGAGGCUCAGGAUGAACUCAAGCAACUGAGAGCUGCAAACGAAGCAGAGGAAAGCCAUCUUGGGAGUUGUGAAGAGGGGACCAAAGUGUCUCCUGAAUUCACGGCAACAGCCGAUGAACUGAAGGAAAAGUUGGAAAAGUUGACAAAAAGCUACAGUGAGUUGGAAGAGAGAUUCAGAGUUCUUCAGGAGGAACAUGAGACUAAAGAGAAAGAGCUGGGAUCUCUGCAGGAGGAAUUAACAGCCAUGCACGUCCCGAAACACAAGCACGAAGAGGUGAAGCAGAAGCUGAGUAAAUCACUGAGUGAUGCUAACGAACAGCUCUUGGAAAUCAAAGGAAAGCACAACACGAUCCGACAGGAAGUAACAAGGCUGCAGAGUGAGGUAGAGGAGCAAAGGGUUCAUUUUAUGCCGCGAGAUGAACACCUGAAGAUGAAGGAGGCAUUUGAGGCAAUGAAGGGGACCGUGAGUCACCUUGAGAACCAGUUGGCCUCCAAACAGAAAGAGUAUUCGCAACUACAGAGACAGGUGGAGACCACGAGAGAGCAAACCACUCUGAAAGACGAGCAGGAGAGCACCGUGACCUCACUGAAGGCCGAGGUGAACUCUCUGACCAUCAAGUUGAAUGACCUGACCAAGAAGCACGAGAGGACCUGCACCGAGGUGUUCCAGGUGCAGAGGGAGGCCUUGUUCAUGAAAAGCCAGAAGCAUUCUGCCGAAGACGAACUGGCUGCCACGCAGAAGCAGCUGCAGGACCUGAAGGCGGACUCGAAGAAAAUCACUGAGCUGCAUAAACACAUCGAAGAUUCAGCCGAGCUUGUGAAGGAGAAAGACAAGAAGAUCACUGAAUUAUCCAAAGAGGUGUUUCGACUAAAGGAAGCUUUGAAUAGUCUGUCGGAGCGGUCGAAUGCUGCUGCCCAGCGCGUCCAACCAGCCCCGUACAAAACACAGCCAAACUUGGAGUACUUAGAGAGUCAGAUCAAAGCUCUACAGCAUCAGCUUAAAGAAGCAGAAAACCACCAUAAAGCCAUAUUGUCGAUCUAUCGAACACAUCUCCUGUAUGCUAUUCAGGGUCGGAUGGAUGAAGAUGUCCAACAAGUCUUACUACAGAUCCUGAAACUGCACAAACGACAAGAGAAAGUCAUUUGACCCUUUCCUUUUCUUAGUAAACUUUUUAAUAACAAGGUGUACACGUCACAUUGCUCCUGGCAACCAGCAUCCUUGGCUGAAACUAUCAAAGAAUUUUUUAAAAAAACCUUUUAUUGAAGAAACAUCUGUGUGGAAUGAGAAUGGAUUAUAAUAUAUAAUGUAUAAUAAUAUAUAUAUUAUAGAAAUGGAUUUAGAUGUUAUUCCAGUCGCUUCACUCAGCAGAUAAAGGAUGGAGUGGGGUCCAGAGCCCAACACUUUGAGGCUUGUGUAAGAGGAAGCAACUGUGUGUUGGCAUUUACAACUCAC